AUGCCAUACGGACAGCAGCAACAACAACCAAUCACAGAAAUAGUCAAUCAUCAUCAUCAUUCGUCCGUUUUAAUACCAGACAUGCGAACAACAACACAACAACAAAACCCACUCCGAACCUUGUAUGAAUAUGGAGGACAGAAUGAUCAUAAUGAUUUAUUGGUUGUUAUAUUCUCCUUCCUGGAUCGGUGGUCUCUCAUUCACAUGGUUGCAAUGACUUGCAAGAAAUUCUACAAAUGCGUUCACUAUGGUGGUAGUUGUUAUGGACCCAAAGGUUGUUUCAACAAUUACUGCAAAAUGGAGAAGAAACGAAUUGACGAUAUUUUAGGAGGAGUAAAGUUUGGAAAUACUUAUGACUCUGAGUUGACUUACAUUAAAAAUUGCUUGGAAAUGCAAUUUCAAAGCCCAUACACGGUUUGGAGAAAUAGUUGGCACUUGACGGGAAAGGAAUCGCAACUAUUUCGCAAAAAAAAAUUAAUUUCUAGUAAUAUGGCACACUACGAUUCGAGGGUUAAUUACUUACAUGUCAAGUGUGAUAUUAUUGAUGAAGACAAUAAUCAAGGUUAUUCCUUUGAUCGAGUAUUGACAGAAAUGCUUUGCAUGUUUUUGAGAUCCAAUAAGCGAGGCAUCAAGGUAUUAGAGUUGGAAUCUCACAAUCUUUCAUCAAUCAGCAAGGGUUUGGAAUCACACUCAAUCAUGUAUCGCCUACUCGCAAAGCUUUUCACCAAUCAUGAGAAUGGAAUUGAUUUGCUUGAGAGUUUAGAGAGUCUUGUCAUUAACGCACCACUCAACAUUCCAUUCACAAAGACGGUACUCUCUUUUUUAAAACAGGCAUGUAAGAAGAAUUCUUUCAUUGCUUUAAAGCAUCUUGAUUUGAACAUUGGAAACUUGAGCUCGCACAUUUCCAUGAUGGAAAUUCUUAAUUAUUGCAAGCACUUGUUUCAUUUCACAACAACAUCAACGAAUAGUAGCUGCCGUAAUGAACUUGUCUCUGGAAAGAGAGUGAACAUGCUGGAGUCCUUCAAAUGUAGUGUUCCCUUCAGUCAUAUUGAAGAAGUACAAUUUUUCAUUUACAUGAUCAAGAAUAGCGAUUGGCACGUCAACCACAAGCUCAAAGAAUUAGUAUUAUCACUGAACAUGUCCAAAUUGUUAGAUUCAUGCACGAGUUUGGAAAAUCUCAAUAAGCUCAUGAAAAAGUUGCUACGCGUAUUGGAAAGACUCCGCUCUGUGAAAAGGUUAAAAUUCUACCUUAUUGACAUUGGAAGAUUGGAUUGCCUGAGUUGGCUCGUGACAAGCACAUUUGUGGACAAGCUCGAAUUAGAAUUGAUUGAGGUUUCACCAUUUAUUAAGGGCUCUGAAUUACUUGACUCAUCAUUGACUAAAUGUAAGAGCCUUCAUUUGACUUUGAGUGACUGUUCUGUUUCUUCCACUACGCAGUGGGCGAAAAGGUACAUUUCAUUUCCAAUGCACGUUUUUAAAUAUUUGCAAGAGCUGCAUGUGAAAGGUAUUGACAAUUCGAAACUUUCAACCAUCUUGCCAAUCGUAAAUUGGACACCAAUGAUGCAUUUACGAAAAUUACGAAUUGAGAAAAUGGAAAUGGUGUGUGACUCUUUUUCAAAGUUAAACGAUUACGGAGCGAUAUUCCCAUUAUUGGAGGAUGUUGAAUUGAUGAAUUGCAUUGUUGCCAGUUCGAGCAAUCUAUUUUCACUCUUUGGAACAAAUUUGAAAUCCAUUUCAGCAAAAAAAUGUUCAGUGGCCCAAAUCCCAAUGUUGACACGAUUUGUCAAGCUGCAAGCUUUACGCUUUGAAGAAUGCUCCUCACUCACAAAUUUCGAUUGUAAGAGCAUUGAAAAUUUACAAUUUUUAGCAGUACUGAGCUUUGCCUGCACUUCAUUGAAAAUAGUCGAGAAUUUAUAUAUUUUAGAAAGUUUAGAAAAUUUAGUGAGAAUUGAUUUUAAUGGAUGCCGACAUUUUGAUCUGUACUCAGAGCAACGAAACUCCACUCCAUGCGACUUGUCCUCUCUCAACAUUUCACGUCUUCAAAAAUUGGAAUUCCUCAAUAUGGACAAUGUAUUGAUUAUGAAUUUUGUGAAUUUUUCUUCGCUUCAUGAGAGUUGGGCAAAGCAAAUUCACAAGAUGUGGUUUGAAAUUAGUACAAAAUUGACCACUCCAAUUCAAUUGGACAAGGUGUGCAUCGAUGAUUCAAGUAUUCGCCAAACGAAUGCUCUAAAAAGUAUUUUCCAAGUAUCGUCCAACGAAACAAAAGUGUCCUCUCAGUUUUCGCCCCCUCUUUCCUUAUCUCUUAAAUCUUCCAACACCACAACAACAGAUCCUGAUUUACAAUUAUGUGCCAAUGUGUGUCUCAAUUAUUUGAAGCGAAAAUGUGAAUUUAUGGAAUUGGUUCACAAUUACAUUCAUUCACGAAAACUGAACAGCAACAUGAACGAUAGUUUUACAAACGAAGAACCAAUUGGGAAAUUGACUGUGGAUUAUGUCUUUAAUACCCAACAAAUUGUUCAUAUCAUGUAUUCUUUUCAUUUUGGCAUGUACACCCAGGCUGCAGAAUGGAUGGGGUCCAUCAAAUGUCUCAAUCAUAAGAAUUUAACAUUUUGGAAUGCACUCGAUCGAAAUAUUUCAUCCGAUAAGAAGACCCGUCAAUCAUUUCUAUUUUCCAUGCCCAUUCGUUCGAAAGACAUUUUGGAGGACAACAAGUUAGCUACAAGUAACAGACCUUCUCAUGAUCACGAGAUGCAAAAAUAUUCUGGAUUUGGUUCUUCCUCGAAUGGAGACAGUGCCAAUGUUCCUUCAGAAUGUUUGGUCAUGUAA